GUGGUUAAUACAAAGUCUCCCCAAGACGCCGCGAAGAAGAAGAAAAACCUCUCUCUCACCUCUCACCUCUCACCAACCUCUCUCUCUCUCUCGAUGGUGAUGAAGGCUUCUUUCAAAGGGAAGUACGACGGCGACAAGACCAGCGGCGUCGGCUCCGUCGCCUUCAAUGCCGGCGAUGUAAAGCUUCGCGCCACCAUGACGGACGCCACUGUCGUCGCCGGUCCCAGCUUGAAUGGCCUGUCUCUCGCCGUCGAGAAGCCAGGCUUCUUCAUCGUCGAAUACAACGUCCCUAAGAAGGACGUUAGGUUUCAGUUCAUGAACACUGUCAGAAUCGCAGAGAAGCCUUUGAAUUUGACCUAUAUUCAUAACAGAGGGGAUAACCGAACAAUUCUCGAAGGGAGCCUAGCUAUCGAUUCGGCGAAUAAGUUUUCCGCUAAUUAUAUGGUCGGCACGAAUAACUGCAAGCUGAAAUAUACGUACGCUCAUGGAGGGAUAGCUACAUUCGAGCCAUCCUAUGACUUGGCGAAGAACGCAUGGGACUUUGCCGUUUCCCGGAAGAUUUAUGACGAUGAUGUUGUUAAGGCAACUUAUCAGACAUCUAGUAAGAUGCUGGGUUUGGAAUGGACGAGGAAUUCGAAGAUGAAUGGAUCUUUCAAGGUUUGUGCUUCCAUGAAUCUAGCAGAAGAGGUGAAAUCGCCGAAACUGAGCGCUGAAACGACAUGGAACCUCGAGAUUUGAUUUCCCGACACCCGUUUGCGUAGCAACGGUUCUCGUCUACAAACUGGCAUUUUUCGGGCAUUAAAUAGGGCAAUCAUAGACAUAGUAUGUGUGCAAUUUUAUUUGUGACUUUGAAGACUUGUUCUUCCUCCGUGUUUUCAUGGAAAUUGCAUUGCUACAAAAUUUGUUGAAACCCUCUUCUUUCAUGUUUCGGUGAUGGAAAAAGAUAUCCAAUUUUCGGGUA